AUGAAGUUCAUUGAUGAAAACGAUAUCGAACUCAUAAACCAAUCCCUAAGUUUUGAUACCUCAGAUUGUCACGUAACUGGUGGAUGUGAUUUAUUCACAACAAAACCUGUUGGUUCCGAUAGAAAGUUAUAUAAAACUAUUGAUAAACAUUUUGAUGCCUUGAUUGAAAACAAUAAUGAAUCCCAAAAUAUAAUAUCUCCAAAUGAUAUAUUCUUGGAACAAAGACGGAGAUUUAGUUCAAGUGAUGUAUAUCCACCUCACCAACAACAAAACAAUAAUGGUGACUACCCACAUGUUGAACACUCUUCACCAAGAUCUUUAGAAACAACACCUUUUGGCCCUUUAAAUCAAACUGCAAGUCGAAGAACUUUUGCCUAUCUAAUUGGGAUUUUAAAUGCAACUUAUCCUGAUAAUGAUUUUUCAAGUUUAGAACCAACAGAUUUCCAAAAAAUAAAUUUAACAAAAUUAAAAUCAAAAUUUGACAACACUUUAAUAUCUUUAGGAAAAUCUUCAGAUCAAAAUUGGAUUUAUGAUAUAAUAAAUAGUCAUAUGGAUUUAAAUGAUUGUGCAUUUUAUGAAUUAAAUCUUGAUGAAUCAAGUUCUUCAUUCCUUGAUGAUGAACCUGGUCAUCUUUGGACUUUAAAAUGGUUUAUCUUCAAUAAAAAAAGAAAAAGAGUGGCUUUCUUAUAUUUAAAUGGGUAUAGAUUAUCCUCUCCAAAAUUGAAUCCAAAUUUAUCUUUAUCAAGAAGAAGAUUAACUAUUGAUAAUGAUGAUGAUGAUUUUGAAGAAUAUGACCUAACCUAUUCUGAUGAUGAAGUGAUGUAUGAUGAUGAUGAUGAAGAUGGGUAUGAGUAUAGAAAUUCAAAUAAUCAAGUUGUUGGAAAUAUUGAAUUAGAAAUGAGAUGA